CUUAGGAAGAAGCUGUUUGAAGAAGCUUCAGCAACAAUCUGGGGUGACUCUCAUAAGCAGGUGACAAUGGGGACUUGGAAACCGGCACUGCACAUACUGCUGCUGCUUCUUUUGGGAGGAUCCUAUGUUACCUGUGAAGAGUGGUGCUAUGACAAACCCAGCUGUGGGCCUCACACAUGGUAUUCCCUCGGUCAGUGCAGUGGUGCCUAUCAGUCUCCCAUCAACAUUGAAACCAGGAAAGCCCUGCCUGGAACCCAUUUGGGUCCGCUGAAUUUUAUUGGUUAUGAAAACCGUAUGCUUCCGAAAUCUCUGACCAACACAGGGCACUAUGCUGAAGUUGAAAUGAGGAGUGGAGCUGCUAUCUUCGGGAAAGGGCUUCCGGCGACGUAUUACCUAAAGUCGUUCCACUUCCACUGGGGCAAACACAACAAGCCAGGAUCAGAGCAUGCCGUCGACGGCAAACGCUAUGACAUAGAACUACACAUAGUUCACACCAAAAACAACAUGAGUUCUGAAGAAGCAAGAAAGGACCCCGAAGGAUUUGCUGUCUUGGGAUUCUUCUUACAGGGAGAUAAUGGUGCUUCAAAAAUUGAUGCAUGGAAGACUCUGGCCGAUCGGCUGGAAUUAAUUCCAGAGAAGGGGGAUUCUGUACUCCUGGCUGGAGAGUUCUCCAUGGGAGGGUUACUGAGUAAAGCAGUUGUCAACAACUAUUUUCGCUACCGUGGCUCCCUCACCACUCCAGACUGCAACGAAUCUGUGAUCUGGACCGUGUUCCCUGAACCCAUCUCGAUAACUCACAAAGUGGUGAAAAAAUUCAUUGACUCACUCUAUUUUACCACUAAAGCAGAAGGCAGAAGGAUGCAGGACAAUUUCCGUCCAGUGCAGCCAAUAAAGAAGCAAAAGGUCUUUUACUUCGAGGAAUCAAAACACUCUAAUGAUCUGACCUCAUCUGGACGUUUUGGCAAGCAGGGGGGCACUGUGGCUAGCAAUCACUAACAGAGUCCCUCUGUCUGGAUGAUCCAACUUAAAACCAAAGUUCCCUCCCUCUCUCCCCCUUUCCAAUAUCAGUACUUUUCAUACACUAAACUUCCAUCAGCGGAUAGUGUCCUUUCAUCUUUUUUGGGUGCUAAUAACUGGUAUGAUCCAAUGUUUAACAAUUAAAGUGCCGUUAUCU